AAACAAGCGUGUAGCUGAACAAAUGAAAGAGCGCGCGGCGCGGGAGAAAGUAUACGAAUGCCUAAAAGCUUUUGUGUUCAUUCUUAAUUGAAAUGGAUAAAAAAAUUGUCAAUUUAAUCAAUUGUGGGAAGAAUGGAGACUUAAAGGAACUUCAGCAGUGCGUGGAGUCGUUUGAUGUCGAUGAGAUCGGCCCCUUAAUUUCAAAAACAUUUUUGAAAGAUGAGUUUCGCCAGUUGUUUGGAUUAUUUCUUGAUGGCCUUACACAAUCUGGCCUGUCUCAUCAACUGCGCUACCAGAUUACUGAGCAAGUGUUACAUGAAUUUGAGAAACAUGACAUUCCUCUCGCUAAAGCUAAUUUAGUUACAAGUCGUCUGAAACUGGAAGUCUCAAAUUUUUCUGCAAAUAAUCUUGUUAAACUAUGUGAUUUGUGCAUGAAAACCAUCUGUGAGCAGAGAGUUGACGAACAGAGAGGAUCUCAUAAUCAAUCAUCUCGCAGUCAUAUGUGCUGGAAAGAGCUGUUGCCAACCAUGCUCUUGCUUUUAAUUGAAAGAAAAAGAGUCACCCAGCAUGGUACACAAAUGACUGGAGAAGAAUACAAAUCACAACUUGUGAAAACAUUGUGCCAGUCUCCUUGGAAGCCGCAGAUUGCUUCCUCCCUUGCUAGUAUGCUUAUAAAUAUCCCUCUAUCACCUGAUGAGCAUUUACAAGUUGUCAACAAGCUCUGCUGCAGCAUGGAGGAACUCCCUCCUCAAGAGUUACCCACACUGGUUCAUGAAAUGCUGGAGUUAUGCAAGGAUCGACAUGGCUUGCUCCUCUUAAUGAAAUUGAACCAUUAUUUUCAUUUGCAUCUGUAUAAAAAUCGCCGGCAAAAUAGUAAUGAUAUGGCGUCAUCACAGAUGCUAGAAUCUGAAAACAUUGAAGUUGCAUCAUUCGAAGACACCAAGCAGGCCCUUGGCACUGUUCUCUAUCAUGUGAAUAAGGUGGCUGGAUGCUAUGCCUCCAUCAAAGACUUUGUUAACACCAUGGCUAAAGUAGCAAAGGGAGCACCUGAAGCCGUUUUACAGCCCAUCAUAGUUAGCAUGUUGUUCAGCAUUGCAACAGUGUCCACUUAUGAAGACCAGGUCUUCAGUAUUUUGAGAACCAGUAUUACUAGGGGCGUUCUUGAAAUGGAAAAGAGGAAAGAAUCUGCGUGGAUGAGGGACAUAAGAAUCAAUAAAGUGAACAUUCAAGAACUCAUCAAUACCCUUAUUGAUUGCUGCAAAGACGGUCAGCUCGGUGUGGAGGAAGGUCUUGUUAACUUAGCAUUUGAGUUACUAAGGGUUCCUCUGAUACGGGGAAAGGAAGCAGCCUCUGACCAGGUGUGGCAUUUUGGCACUUUCAUCCUUCUCCGUUUAAUGCGGUACCAGCGCCAUGUCGCGAACUCUGUCCUGCAAAGACUAUGUGACUGUAUCAUAACAGGGGAAGGCGUCCAACAGUAUAUUAAAUGCCUUGGUCAAAUGUGCAGAGAUGUGCGCCUUGUUAUCAUGGAACAGCAGAGUGCGAUUGUUGGGUUGUUGAGUUACUUACGUGUCAUUCAAUGGAAUGUUGCAAGAGACAUUGUUAUAGCAGUAAUGCCAAUAGUGCUGCUUGCCUCUGGUGUGAGAGACAAUCUCAUUCUGGUUCUUCGUAAAGCUCUGUUUUCAAGAGAUACUAAUACCCGAAAGGUUGCUGUCCACGGGUUUAUUGAAAUGUUGAAGAAUUUGCGCUUGGAAGCUGGGUCUUUAGGACAUUUGAGCCAGGGGUCAAGCAGUAAUACUUUUAGCGGAUAUAAUAUUCUCAGCCAGGUAUCAGUUGAAGUUUACAGUCAAGCUACUGCCACCAACACUAAUACCAAAGAGGCCAUAUGCCUGGAGGUGUUAGGUGCCCUCAGAGGUUGCUUGAACCAACAAGCAGAAGUGCGAGUAUCAUUAUACAAAGGUCUCUUUGAAGUGGUUGAAAGUAAUCCACCUCUCACUGCUACAAUCCUUUUCUGGCUGCGUGGACAUCUGUUAAAGCAGUGUGAUUUGGACGCUCUCCCACCUGUACGCUUUAACAACAUAAUAACUCUCCAAGCGGCUGAUGCCAUUCUUCAGGAGCCUGUUGGAGCUUUACUCUACCUGAUUCAGCAAGUAGUUCUAGUCAUAAAUGAACGAGAGGAUGAUGUAGAUUCAAGAACAAUGUCACAGGUUACUGAGGUCCUUGAUAAGUUAGUUGUAGGAAUGGGACAAUGUACAUUAGAAAACUUUGAGUUGGAUGAAGAUGUGCGCCUAAUGGAUUCAUCAGUGGAAAACAAGCGGGCUGCUGAGACUCUUCGACAAGCUUUAGCUGUAUACGAGGCUUUGAUGUGUUACUGUAUUAAUACAUGGUCAUUGAAUACACCAGACCAGGGUUCAAAGCUUCUAUCAAUGUAUAAGUGUUAUACAAGACUGAUUGAUUAUGCCAAGAAUGCUACAACUGGUGGCAAUAAUAAGAAAGAUGUGACAAUGGCUGCAACAGGGAAAUCCCAAACAGAGAAGAAAGGUCGAUUUGGAAGGCCAGCAACAUUCAAACUACCUCCAUCUAUUCUAGGACUUCCCUUCCUUUCUAGGACUCUGGACUUGCUGCACAUGGAGGAUAUACCUUGGUCAACAGCUCCUGCAGCAGCUUGCGUCAAAGGCAAACGAGAGUUUCAUCGAUAUGUGAUGAAUGUUUUAGUGCAGAAUGUGGCUCACCUAAGAGAGGAAUUACAGUGUGGUAACAUGUCUGCAAUGAAACAUUGUGCCAAAGUGGCUAGGAAAAUUUAUGAGCAUUGUAUUUGCCGCCUAUCUGAAAUUGACGCCUUUGACCGGAAUCUGGCAAUUCUUAUCUUGGAAAGUUUUCUGGAACUUCUGCAAAUGGUCCUGGCACACUGCAGGCUUAAAUGGACAGGAUUUCUCCAAAUAAUGACUGGUGUAUCUGAAAAGGAUGGAGUGGCAGAGCAGCUUCAACCAAUUGUUGAAAAACUUAUGAGCCUUUUGGAUGAACGUUUGUCUGAUGAAGAUGAUUCCGAAGAUGAAGUUGCUGAUAAAAAGUUGAUUCAGCAUUUGAGCUCUGCUUUGCAAGUUGUCAGCAUGCAACUUCCUACUGAUUCCCCUCAGUGUAUCCAGUUACUGGAAAAGAUGCGUGCUUUGUGUUCAGAGAGAUCUGUAAAGAAUUUAAAUGUAGCCAAGACCUUAGUUCAGUUACUUUUAAAAUUGACUGUGAGAUGUAAAGCAGAAAGUCAAAUGCUGCCCAAUUUAACCAAGCAGUUACAGGAAGAAAUUGGCAUUCUUCCAGAUGUUCAAGAAGAAGAAUUGACUGAUGCCCAAAAGUUAAAUUUAUUGAAUACUGCAACUAAAUAUGGAGUUCUUGGAGUGGUUUGCGCUACCAUCAAAGGUCGCCUGGAAGAAGUAGAAUGGGUAGCUGUAAGAUUGGAUGCAGAGCUCACAAUGCUUGAAUACUCUCCAGAUGAAGAAACAGCAGAUACCAAUAAGGAAUUGCUGAGAACUAAAGAAAGAGAAACAGUCUGUCACAUGGCUCGAUGUGUACAAUGCAAUGUUUCUCUGAGUGUUUGUGCUCCACAGGCUGGCCCUUCUGCAGAUGUACUUUUGAGAAUUCACUGUGAUGCAUUUGAUACACUCUCCCGAUUGACUAAGUAUUUUAUUAGGCGCUCUUCAAAAGACAACAAAGUUUUUGAAACAGCAAGGUUUGACAAAGUUAUAAGGAAUGCUGGGAAAUAUCUAGCAAGAAAUAUGUUUGCUUUUGUCAGUCACAUUGGGGAAAAAAAAUCUGCAGAUAAAAGAAAGAAAAAAAAUCUAGAUCCAUCCAUCCAGAAAUCUAAAGUGCUAAGGGAAACAAGAUUGAUUCCCAGCUUAGUUCGUAAAAAGGAGACCUUUGAUCAAUGUGUCAUUAAACUGUCCAAAGAUUGCAAGGCUCCAGAACUUGUAGAUAUUGUGAAACACAACUCAGCACGGGACUUCAGUCUCAAGCCUCAAGCCAUCAAGAAAGCCCUUCGAGACAAUGCCAAUGGAACGUCUGACAAUGAGGAGGAGGAGGAGGAGGAAGGUGAGGAGGAGGGUGCUGAGGAAGCUGACGAAGAACGACCUGCAUCUUCUAAUCGGGAUGACUCCGGCAAUGAAUCUGAGAGUGGAGAAAAUGGUGAUUCCGGUGCGCGUGAGUCAGAAGAUUUGUUUGCGGAAAGUGCCUCGGAUGAUGAGGCUCCAGCUCGUAAGAAGUCCAGGCGUUCUGAUUAAGAAUCGCCACAGAAUUGUAGGUUUCCUCUCUCUUGAAUAGAAAAAGAGUGCGGGGGAUUAUUAUUUUUAAGUGGGAGUGCAUUUGUGAUCCCCUCUUCAAUUUUAUCUUGUUUAUGGCCAAAUCAUGGAAUACUUUGUUUUAUGCUGAAUUCAAGUGCUGUAUUAUUAUAAGGUUUUUGCGGAAAUAGAAAUUGAGAAUAUUGAGA